CUAGCGACAGGCCCUCCCUCAAAGACAACCUAUGCGGGUUAGUGGUGCAAAAGGUGACUGCAGGCCACCACCCCAUCCAUGCAACUGCCGAACCUACCCUACCUCCACCCCCUGCUCUGCCAUUGCAGGGAAACCUUGCUCGGCCAAGCGGCUAUCACCGACUGCAUGCUCUGUGCCAACACGGCGGUGGUGUCUGCACUGACUCUGCCGGCUUUCCUAGGUGAGGCGUCUCACCAUCUCUCGUGAGUCUUCCCGACCCCCCAGGUAUAACGAUCUGUGUGUGAAGUGGCGAUGGUUUGCAAUCGAGUCCUGUUUAUCUAUUUGGUGGCUGCUUGUCCAGGGCCGGCCACGUGGCAGGUACCAAUAAUCACACCCAGGUUUCCUGUCUGCCCUGUGGCUGGGGGCAGCAGAGGGGAGGGGAGACCAACAGCUCAACGCCAAGCGCAGACAGGGGACCCACUACACGGGGAGAGCAGGUGCUGUGCCCACAUCUGGACCGUCUCAGAGACCACGUGCAGCGGGAGGAGACAGGAGCGACUUCGCGGGAGAAGCAGGGAUACCCACGCCCAGCCGAGGCAGUUGUCACAGAAUGCGGGGAGAGGAGUGGAGCAGGGGGCGCUGGGAGAGAGUGGUGUGUGACUGCUCAGAGGAAGCAGCUAGGAGAGACUGGAGCAGGUCUUGAAGCACCCCUUUGUCCAGAGCUGACCAUGGCCACGGGCAGCUCCACUAGAACUCCACGCCAGGCCUUGACUUGCUACAGAGGAGGGUAAGGGUCCAUGCCUCCCUUAGGGAAGGCCGCGUGCUGCCACAGCAGUGCAGGGAACUGGGUGUGCAAGUCGUGCGUGCAGUGGCUCCAGCUGACUGGGGUCCUCCCAGGCAGUGGAGGGGAGGGACUGACCCAUCCCGCGCUCUGUCUUCCUGCAGGCUGUCUGCCGCUGGAGUAGGGGCUAUGCUUUCGUGCUCACUGCUGUGUCUCCAGAGACUGGCACAGGGCCUGGUUAUCAACAGGGUGACAGUUAAUGUCAUGUGGCAAUUUGAGAGGGCCACAGGGUGCCUGAUGAAACGCUGUUUGGGGUGUGUCUGUGAGGGUGUCGGGGAGAUUAGCACGGUAGACAGGGACUCAGUGUCGCAGACAGCCCUCCGCAGCAUGCCGCGACGGCCGUGCACAGGCCUGAGCAGAGCAGGGGACGGAGGCACUCACUCUGACCCACCCCGCAGGUACACCACACACACAGGGGCACGCUCACACACAUGCUCAGAUGCAUGCUGCGCAUCUCUUCCUCUCCUCUUCUCUGGACACAGCUGGCUCUCCAGGCUCUUGGGAACCCACACUAAGUUACCCAUCUGCCCUCCUGGUCUGCAGCUGGUAGACGGCAGGUCAUGGCAUGGCUAGCCUUCGUGACUGCAUAAGCUGCACACAUAUCUGCGUAUGGGCACAGAUAGAUGUCAGCGGGUACAGAGGGGCCGGCGGGUACAGAGGGGCCGGUGGGUACAGACACGGAUGGAUACAGAGGUAUAGAUGGAUACAGAGUAAACGACUGUGUCUAAAUUGUGCUCCCUGGGUCCUGGAUCCUGGGUCCUGGUCCUGUUUGGAACUGCAAAAUUAGUAGAUUGUCAGCGUCUUUUAACCCGCAUUCCUUCUCCCCUGUAUCUUAAAGAAAAUGUCUCUGGGUUUCGAUGAGGAGCGUGGGAAGUCGCUGAGGGAGCCCUUGUGUGCGCCUGAAGCUGUGGAGCCCGCCUGAGAGCCACACCUGCGGGGCGCCUUGACGUGGCCCACCUCUGUGGAGCAGCUGCUGUAGGUGGGGUCACGUGUGCCCCAAACCAGUAAUACAGGCUCUACAGAAACGGAGAGAGAUGAAUGCCUUUUCCAGUGACUCCCUCGGAAGGGGGUUGGGGCUGGCAGCGAGACUGAGGAAGUCAGUAAAAAGCAACCUGCAGGAGACAGCGCUUGGUGAAGAGUGCCCGGGACAGCGAUCCGGGCCGAAGCGCGUCAGGGCUGGGACACGGGCCUCUGGGCGGCCCGGGCGUGAGCGGGACAGGACCGUGCGCAGGGAGUUUCGGGUCCCGCUUGCCGAAUGCGGGCGACAGCGCGGUCGCCGCGGGACUCGGGUCGCCGCCGAGCUGCGUCUGGCUGCUUCCGGCCCGAGCUGGGCGCGCGCAACGGGUGCGGGUAGGUCCCGCGUAGACGCUGCGCCGGAACAGGGGGCUUUCAGGACACGCCGACAGAGCCCGCGAGACGGCCGGCAGCUCCUGCGUCCGGGACUCCCGGACCUGCGGCCGCCGACUGCGACAGCCGCGCCCGGCUGGGACCCAGGGCAGCCCGGCCGGGGGCGAAGGACUGGACGUCACCUUGCCGCGGUGCUGUUUCUCCGUGAACUCAGUCGACGACACACGACACUUCCACUCGUAAAUCAGCGCAAUGCUCAUGCCCGGCCUCUGCCGUGGAGGAGGCUCUCCGCGGUGCUCACGCCCUACAUCUGCCGUGGAGGAGGCUCUCCGCGGUGCUCACGCCCUGCAUCUGCCGUGGAGGAGGUUCUCCGCAGUGCUCCAGACAGUGUCAGGGCCCAGCCUGGUGGCACCGGGAGCAAGUCGGCCCACAGUGCUGGAAGCCGCAUGGCCGACCCCGGGUUCAGAUCCCUGGGCCUACCUGAACACUCCCUGGGUGUGUGCUCGCCCAAGCCCUGA